AUGCGGCAGAAUGCAGACAUUUGCCCUGUUCUUCUAUCAAUAAUUCAAGAGGAACUUGCCAGAAGUGACCAGGGGGACAGUAAACAAGUCCUGGAUGAAGAGCAGAAGUGCAUUCAGGCUGAUCUGCAGCCGUUAGUGCUGGAGCAGUCAGUCAGAUACACCUGUAAUUGUAGAACAUCACCUGCAGCAAGAAAUUUACAGAAUUUAGCUCAGAAUGAGUGUAUCCACGAAGAUGAUUUUCUUCAAAGAUUCAUCAGACUACACAAUUCUGUUGAAAGCCUAGUAGCUUUAAAUCAAGAUUUUUUUUAA